GUGACAUUUCUUGUUACGACACGGAAAACAGCUGCUAGCACAAUAACUAUAAUUAUUUUGACGAGAAAAAGAUGAGCUUGCUCAGAAAGUGUACACAGCAACUUCUGGUGGACACAAAUAUUUGUGCACAGGCAAUUGUCGCCACCAACGCAGCAUUCCACACAAGUCCAGUAUGCAGCCGCGUGCAAGCCGGUCGUUAUCGAGUCACGACAAAACGUAACCGCCCUCUCACCUAUGAAAUGGCCAACCCACCCCAUUACAUUGCACAUCGAAAGUCUUGGAAUUCAUGGAAUACGUCAACGAUGUUGGAUGGACUACGCUCCUCACAGACAGCCAUUGAGGAUUUGUUUGUACGAAAAUUCAUGAACGGCACUUGGCAUGCCCUUAUUGUUUCCGAAGUGAUUAUCAAAAGACAGCACAACAUGAUAAGAAUAGCAGCCAUUGUCCGCCAAGCAAUAAGCCCUCGCAAGAUGUACUUUCUUAUUGGUUACACCGAAGAACUCUUAUCCUAUUGGCUGCAAUGUCCGGUCACAUUAGAGUUGCAAACAGUCGCGGAUAAAACAGAUGUUAUAUUCAAGUAUAUUUAACUUGUUUAUCCUAGUUACCUUAUAGUUGGUGAAAUAAGCAGACGAAGUAACCAAAUAAAGCGCAGCCCUACCAAAAUCCCUUUAUCAGUGCACAGUAA